ACAGAUAAGGAGAAGAAGAAGAAGGGUAAGAACGGCUUGAACACGGACACUGAGCUGGAGGGAGGCAACUCUGAGGUACCCACACACACACACAUAUUGCGUAGUAUCAACUCUCUGUGGAGGGCUGCACACAAACUUUUAAUAAAUAGCGUGGCGUAAAGCAACUUAAGCUGUGUAUGUCUGCUGGUUAGUGUGUAUCAAGUUUUGCCGUUUGUUUGUGUGUGUGUCCUGUAGCCCCUGACGGAUGAGGGUGACACAGAGACUGGAUUGACUGGCAGGGAGGAGGAGCCUAAAGAGGAAGUGAAGUUGGGCAGACUGGAGUUCUCAUUGGACUACAACUUCACAGAGAACACGGUGAGAACUCCUUGUUCGAUACUGCUCUAACACACAACAUGUCCUGCAGAGCAGAAGAUUAACCAGUCUGAGUAACAACAUAUCAUUCCAUCAGACAUACGCUAUAGCUGUGAGUGAAUUCUCGCUCCCUCUCCCUCUCUCUGUCUUUCCUUCCUCUUUCCUCACCCUCUCCUCUCCCUACCCUCUGCCCCCCUUUCCCGUCUAUAGAUGGUAGUAGGUAUCCUGCAGGCUUGUGAUCUCCCAGCCAUGGAUGUGGGGGGAAGUUCAGACCCGUAUGUUAAACUCUACCUGCUGCCAGACAAAAAGAGGAAGUUUGAGACUAAAGUCCACAGGAAGACACUCAACCCAACCUUCAAUGAGACUUUCACCUUCAAGGUAGCCUAACCCUGACCCCUGAUCCCCGACCUCUGACCUCAAAACCCUAACCGUGACCCCACAUUCAACAAUGUUGUUGUGUGUGUGUCUGUGUGCAUGCGUGCGUGUGUGUGUGUGUGCAUACUGUAUGUGUGUGAGUAGGUACUGUACAGUGAGCUGGGAGGCAGGACUCUGGUGAUGACAGUGUAUGACUUUGACCGUUUCUCUAAACACGACGCGAUUGGAGCACUACGAGUACCAAUGAGCAGCCUGGACUUCAGUCAGAUGACACAGGAGUGGCGGGAGCUGAAGAAGGCAGAGAAAGAGGAGGUGAGAAUGGAGAGACUAGGAGGAUAGAUAGAGUAAAAAAGAGAGAAGGAAGAAAGAUAUAGGAAAGAAAGUCACAAAGCACUUAACUCCACAAAAUGAAACAAAUAAUUCAACAGAAAUAACAAAACAAAAAUGUCAGUACUCCCCUCCCAUUCCUCUUGCCCUCUCUCUCACCCUCCCUCUCUUUCACCCUCCCUCUCCCUCUCUCACCCUCCCUCUCCCUCUCUCUUCCCCUCGACCCUUUCUCUCUCUCUCCAGUCAGAGCAGCUGGGUGAUAUCUGUCUGUCUCUGAGGUACGUUCCUACAGCAGGGAAACUAAGCAUUGUCGUCCUCGAGGCCAAAAACCUAAAGAAGAUGGACGUAGGAGGACUGUCAGGUGAGCUGAGGGGUGUGUGUGUGUGAGAGAGAGAGACAGAGAGAGACAGAGAGAGAGAGAGAGAGUGUGUGUGUGUGUGUGUGUUAGGCUUAUCUCUGUCUCUUCUGUUAGACCCCUAUGUAAAGAUCCACCUACUGCAGAAUGGAAAAAGACUGAAGAAGAAGAAAACCAGCAUCAAGAAGAACACUCUCAACCCUUACUACAACGAGUCCUUCAGCUUUGAGGUGCCCUUCGAACAGAUACAGGUACACUCACACACACACACACACAACCCCCCCCCCCCCCACACACACACACACUCUCUCUCUCUCUCUCUCUCUCUCUCUCCCUCGCUCUCACUCAUCCCUUACAAUGAAUUCCUUUAUCAUUUAUCGACCCUUCGAGCAGAGGUCUGUCUGUGUUUAUCUGUGUGUAGAAGGUGCAGGUAGCAGUGACAGUGUUGGACUAUGAUAAGAUUGGGAAGAAUGAUGCCAUCGGGAAGGUGUUUCUGGGCGGAGCCAGCAGCGGCACAGAGCUCCGUCAUUGGUCAGACAUGCUGGCCAACCCCCGCCGGCCCAUCGCCCAAUGGCAUGGCCUCAAAGCAGAGGACGAA